AUGUUAGAGGCGACGUUGAGUGAUUCAUACUGGCACAAAUCUCACUUCCUCAAGUUUCGAGCAUGCUGGGAAUUGAGUUGGUUGGUCUAUCACUCUCAGAUCCAAGGACCCAGCUUUGAUCAAAAUCGAGAAUCCUUAAACUUAGAGGAAGAAGCUGGGCUUUUGAGUCGUGUCUUUUUCUUCUGGGUUUUACCGGUGCUUCAGCAAGGGUACACAGGUUAUUUAGCACUUCACAGUCUACCUGAGAUCCACUCAAAGCUACGACCUGAGACCCUCCGACAGAAGCUUUUGGCUGCAUGGAUAGCAAGAGAUAAGCCUAUCAAGAAGUGGACAUUGCCAUUUGUGCUGUUGCAUUCAUUUCGAUAUGCUUUUCUGUCUCCGAUCGCGCCCCGACUCUCGCUUAUUGUAUUCCGCUAUUUGCAACCUAUCUUCAUUGGCAUUGCGAUUGAUUUUGUCAGGGACUCAUCGUCAGGAAAAGGUUCCUAUUUAGUGGGCUAUGCCACAGUCAUCUACAUGGGAUUGGCGGUUUCAGCGGCCAUUUACCAGCAUCGAAUCAAUCAGUUACAAAUCAUGAUCAGAGGAGGUAUGAUCAGCCUUGUUCAUAACCACUCACUAAAGGUCCCCGCGAUGAGCUCUGAUAGCUCCGAAGCUUUGGCUCUGGUGGGGUCCGAUAUUGAAAGCAUCGAAUCAACAGGAGAGAUCUUGCACGAGACUUGGGCUCAGCUUUUUGAAGUGAUUAUUGGAACUUUUAUGUUGGCAGCCCGAGUAGGAUGGCUUGCAUUCUUGCCAUUGAUCAUAAUAUUUGGUGAAGCCCACUAUUUUCGAAUCCUAAUCCUAGCUUUAAAGUACUAA